AUGGCGACAGACACCGUCUUCAAAUCCAAGUCAGACCCUAGCGACUACCCGACACCGCCCGAGAAUACGGGCAGCGCACCCUUUAGUAUUCUUGCUGCUCUCUUCGACCGCUUGUCGAAUGAGCGAAAGCAGGAUCGAAGGAAGAAACUCAUUGCCACGUGGUUCAACCAUUGGAGAGAUGAGAAGGGAUACGACCUAUACCCAGUAUUGCGUUUAAUAUUGCCCCAGAAAGACCGGGAGCGCGCUGUCUAUGGCUUAAAGGAGAAGACACUUGCUAAAGCGUACAUCAAACUCAUCCCGCUUGGACUAAGAGACCCCGAUGCGAUUCGACUCCUGAACUGGAAAAAACCCACGGAGCAAAAUAAAGCGUCUGGCGACUUCCCUACCGUCCUAUACGAGGUGGUCAACAAGCGUUCUUCAGUGAUUGAAGGGUCCCUUUCAGUGGAUGACUUGAAUGAUGUUCUGGACGACUUGUGCAAGAACAUGGGCAAACAGCAAGAACAGUCAAGCAUUCUUCAACGAGUCUAUGACCGCUGUACCCCAGAGGAGCAGCGAUGGAUUACUCGAAUCAUUCUAAAAGACAUGGUCAUCUCAGUCAAGGAAACGACCGUCUUUUCAGUUUUCCAUCCAGACGCGCAGGAUCUCUACAAUACCUGUUCUGACCUGAAGAAAGUUGCGUGGCAACUCUGGGAUCCUUCCACUCGACUAAAUAAAGAGGAUAAAGCAGUCAAACUUUGCGCUGCUUUCGCCCCCAUGCUUUGUAAGCGCCCUACUCGCACCAUAGAAGCCACCGUGAAAGAAAUGGGCGGAACGGAAUUUUAUAUCGAGGAAAAGCUCGAUGGUGAACGUAUGCAAUUACAUAAGCGUGGAAACGAAUAUUUCUAUUGUUCGAGAAAGGGAAAAGACUACACUUAUCUCUACGGAAAACAUGUUGGCACGGGUAGUUUGACACCGUAUAUUGCUAAAGCAUUUGACCCUCGCGUUGAAGACAUCAUUCUGGAUGGGGAGAUGCUCGUCUGGGACCCUGUUUCCGAGCGCAAUCUUCCGUUCGGAACUCUCAAAACGGCUGCUCUCGACAAGUCCAAGAAAGAGCAUAACCCUCGCCCAUGCUUCAAGGUCUUUGACCUGUUGUAUCUCAAUGGGCAAUCGCUCAUCGAAAAGCCUGUCUCAUUCCGUAAGAACAACAUGAGGAAGUGCUUCAAAGAAAUCAAAGGCCGAAUUGAAUACGCUGCCGAAUAUCGCGGUAGAACGGCCAAAGACGUGCGCCAAAGGAUGGACGAGAUCAUGGAAGCCAGAGGCGAAGGCCUUGUGAUUAAACACCCAGCCUCUCAGUACAUAUUAAAUGGACGAAACUUGGAUUGGAUUAAAGUCAAACCUGAAUAUAUGGAUGGGAUGGGCGAAACCGUCGACGUUCUCGUGGUUGCGGCGAACUACGGCAGUGGUAAUCGUGGUGGUGGUGUUUCGACUCUUAUUUGCGCGGUGCUGGACGACCGACGACAACCUACGGAUCCCGACGAGGAGCCCAAGUACAGCUCAUUCGUGCGCAUUGGAUCGGGACUCUCUUUUGCUGAUUAUGUCUGGGUCCGCUCGCUCCCAUGGAAGAUAUGGGACCCAAAGAAUCCCCCUAGUUUCCUGCAAACCGCCAAAAAAUCCCACGAGGACAAAGGUGAUGUGUACAUAUUACCGGAAGACUCGUUCAUUUUAAAAGUGAAAGCGGCAGAAAUAGUGAUAUCAGAACAAUACCACCUCGGCUACACGAUGCGAUUUCCUCGAGCUCUCUCUAUUCGAGAUGACCUGAUGGUCGAAGACUGUAUGACCGCAUCAGCGGUUCUUGCUAGUCUGCUCACAGUCAAGAAACGGGUAUUAGAAAGUGAUACGGGUUCCAAGAAACGAAGAAAGGUUACCGAGACCAAAAAGGUGGAAUUGCUAUCGGUCUUCAAGGGCGAGAAACUAGGCAACAUUCAAGUUGAAUCCGACAUAUUCUCUAAGACCACAUUCGUGAUAUUACCUAAUAUGAAGUCUCCAACCCGGGAAGAAGAUAAGAAAGAGCUUUCCAAGCUGAUCAAAUCUCAUGGCGGGAAAAUGCUCCAGAUACCGCCAAAAACUCCCCCUGAGUCUUCUGUAUUCCUAGUUUACGAAGGUCCAGAACAGGCCAUCACAGUCCAAAGCCACAUCAGAAAAGGUCUCUAUGACGUUAUCAAACCCAAAUGGAUCAAGGAUUCAGUGUCCUUGGGCGGAAGAGCACCGUUUCGCAAAAAGUACUUUAUCCACGCCACGGAGGCCCGUCGAGCGCACGAUGAAUACGACCAUGAAGAAGACGGAGAUGAUCUGUCUACGGGAGAUGCAAUGGCAACGACUACUGACACCAAGUUGGAGGACGAGGAAAAAGUCAUUGAUCCCAAACUUGAGGAGGAAGGAACAUUAAAGGAGUGGUUCAAAGUUGAGGCUGAUGAACCCAACCUCGCAAACGACGCCAAAGCAGCAUUAUCCGAUUCAGAGACGGAGAAUGACUCUGAUAACGACGAUGUGAAUCUAGUUGACCAGCCUGAGGAUGACUGGUUAGAUGUGAAACCCACUCUAGAUGCAGACAUCAGCUUAGAAGAGGAAGAGGCGAGGAUGGGUGAGGACGACACUGCGAUGGAAUAUGACCAAGAAAUGAUUUUCAAGCAUCUAUGUUUCUAUCUCGACACGCCAACUAAUGCACGCCAAAAUGGGAUGAAGGUGAAGGACAAGCAGGAAGCUGCCGUCGAAAAGAGCUUUGCGGAACUGGAAGCAGUUAUCGGGAAGCAUGGCGGCAAAGUUGUUGACCUCAACGACGUCAAGCUAACACACGUGGUGCUUGAUAAACGCGACACAAGUCGGCGGGUGGAGCUCAUCAAACGAACGUCCAAGCCGAAACGAAGGCGUCUUGUAACUUCUGAGUAUAUUGAGGCAUGCCUUGAUGAAAAUACGUUAGUGGACGAGGAAGACUUCAACCCGUAG